AUGAAAAAGUGAAAUAAUCUCCGUCGUCUCGUCUCGUAUUCUCUCCGACUCGAAUCCAUGAGCGGGGCCGGCGCGGCGCUGGCCUUGCCGGCAUUGGGCCUCUGCGGGGAGGACGGGAGGGCGGAGUGGCUGCGCUUCUACGAUCAGGUGGAGGCGCAGGUGGCGGCGCUGGUCGCCGACCGCCCGCAUCUACAUGCGACGAGGGGUGAGAGGGAGGAGGCCUGCAGGGCGAUACUUCUGGGGGGCAAGGACACGCUCGCCGAACUCCAAGAGGGUGAUCUGGAGGAUGUCAGAGCUUGUAGAGGUCUUCUUGCCCUACCAAGCACUGAAUCUAAGCCGAAGGAAGUUCAAGAUCAUCUAGAGCUUGGUGAAGACACCGGGGAUCAUGAGCACAGUGUAAAAGCGUUGAGAGCAAACCUUAGAAAACUGAAGGGAACUUUUGAGACCCUGAUGUCAAACAAGGAUAAGGAUAUUUAUUCAGUAAAAGUUGUCCUUUUGAACCAGUUGAAGACAAUGGAAAAGAACAGCACGCUCUUUGAGAACAAGAAACUAGAGGCAGCACAAGCUACUGAAGAAGUGCAGAAGCUUCAGCGGAACGUACAGGAGCUGCGCGUCGCAACCCAAAACAAGGACAAUGAGAUUGGCAGACUCCAUGCAGAAGCUCUCAUGGCUCAACAGAAGCUACAUGAAAUGGAUUCCUUGCUGAAGGAGAAAGAUGAAAGUAUUGAAAAGCUCCAUGCGGAAAACAUUGGAUUACGUGCUGUAAAGGAUUUUGUUUGGAGCCAGUUCCGGAUAAAGGAGCAGGAGCUGUUGGACCACGCCAUGCUUCUUAAGAACGAGUUAGUGGCGGCAGCACAAGCUACUGAAGCAGUGCAAAAGCUAGUAAAGGAAAAUCGCACAAUGGAGGCAGAAAUUGUUGAUUAUGGAAACAAGUUAUUGAUUCUAGAGGAUAAGCUAAAGGAGACGCGCUCCUUGGUGAAGGAGAAAGAUGAAGAAAUCCAAGAACUCAGAAAUCGCCAACCUGAGAUCACGAGUCUGAAGCGCAAGUGCGCCUCUUCCUUGUCAAAUGAGACUAGUAAAAGGCGCAGGAGGGAUAUCAUUGGGAUGCAUAUAUCUUCUAUUUGGCGAUGCAGGUCCGGCAGACAGUGUUUUGGACGUCGCACAGUGAGUCUCCCUUCACUCAACAUUUCCCACCCCAACUCCAUCUUUACACUGUGCACGCCAGAUCUACAUUCUUGUUGCUAAUCUCCUCAAGUUCUAGGGAAUUUCACUGGUUAAUCUCCUGCUAAACAAUCUUGUAGUGCCUUGUCUAGAACUGAGUAGAUCUAUGCCUUCUUGUUCCGUAUCUGCUAUCUGAGUUUUUUCUUUUCUGCACAAUGAUAUAUGCCUUGUGCGAUUAUAUCACCUCAAAAUGUUCUUGUACCUAUUCAGCACUUAGCGUUGCCUUGUACUAUCUUGU